AUGCGUUUCGUAUUCGCUUUAGUCUUUGGCGUGCUCGGGUGCCUCCUCCUGGCCCAGGAGGGCAACGGUGCUAGCAGCACCACGACUACAGAGGCAGCCACGACGACGACUGCUGCCUCAUCUGGCACGACGACCACCACCGCCGCCUCCACUUCCGACACCACUAGCACAACCGCCUCCUCCUCCUCCUCCUCGGACACCACCACCACUAGCUCCUCUUCGUCCUCAUCUGCGGCGGCCAGGCGCCGUGCCCGUCGCCGCCGCCUGCGUCGCGAGCGUCGUCGCCGGCAGGAGCGGCGGCAACGCCAGGAGCGUAGGAGGCGCAGGAUGCAGCAGUUGCUCCAAAGGCAGCGCCAACUGAUCCGGCAGCUCCAGGGAUAA